CUGGAAGGAACUACAAUCAAUUUAUUAAUAAUAUCAUUUAGUUUGGUUUAGGUUCAAAUAACCUUGGAAAUGUUAUAUGGUAUACUUCAUAUAAUAAAAUUAUGUUUCAGAUAUCAAUGUAGUAUUGAGCUGCUAUGGGUGAGGAGAUUGCUUCUAUUCCAUGUGUUCAAGAGGAGCUGAUCUGGAUCAAACAAGAAAAAGAGGACACAUAUGAGGCAGAGGAAUGCUAUGAAGCUCUUGAUGAAAGUUGGGCAGAGCAUGGCGAUCCUCUGGACAUAGGAGAUGGAACUAAUGAGGAUAAUGAAGAUAACGGAGAACAGUUGUGGAUCAAGCAAGAGGCAAUCGAUGUUUUAGAAGCAGAAAUUUUAGAAGGCUCUAUUGAUGGGAACUAUACAUGCUUUCACUGUGGAAGAAAUUAUUGUAGUAUUUCUAUCUUAAGAGACCAUAUUGAAGCAUUACAUAUACCAAGAUUAAAUAACAGAAAAGCCCUCUGUUAUGAAAAAAGCAUUAUUUGCAAUGAAAACCAAGGUGCUAUUACAAUAUCGAGUCUUCAUAAAAUAGCUGUAUAUGAUGACAAAAAGGAUGGGAAAAAGACAUACCAGUGUCCAUACUGUAAUAAAUUAUGUUCACAAAUCGGUAACUUAAAAAUUCAUAUUUUAGCUGUACAUACAAAAGAUAAACCGUACUCAUGCCCGCACUGUGAGUACCGAUCAAGUUCAGUCCACCCGUUAAGGCACCAUAUUUCUGUGAAGCAUAGGGAAAAGAAUUACUUUCAUUGUUCUUACUGUAGUUAUAGUAUCGGUACCAACAGAGAGUUAAAGAUACAUGUGAAAACUACUCAUAAAACUAAUAAAUAUUUUCCUUGUAAAUAUUGUGGAAAGGCAUUUGGUACUGCUGGUCAUUUAAAACAACAUAUCAGUGCGAUACACAGUGGAAAGUCAUAUCAAUGUUCACAUUGUGACUAUAAGACGGGUAGGCCUACGACACUGCAAUGGCACAUAAUGUCAAAACAUACAAAUGAAAAACCUUACAAAUGUCGUUUCUGUUCUUAUGGAACUGUGCUAAAUUCUAGACUGAAAGUUCACGUUCAGAAUAAGCAUUCGAAUAAGAGACCGUUUCAUUGUACACAUUGUGAAUUCAAGACGAACGACUCCUACACACUGAAACGACACAUUCAAGGUCAACACGAAUUCUAUAAACCUUAUGUGUGUACUUAUUGUGAUUACAGUUCGACUCACUCAAGUACUUUGAAAUCACAUAUAAUGGCUAGACAUACUAACGAAAAACCUAACCAAUGCCCUCAUUGCGAAUUUAGAAGUGUUGAAGCUGGUGCUUUGCGGCGUCAUAUUAUGGCCAAGCAUACUAAAGAAAAACCUUAUAAAUGUCAGUAUUGUGAUUAUAAGUCAAGCCAAUCUGUUCACUUAAAACAUCAUAUAGUUGCGAGGCACACUGAUAAAAAACCUUAUCAAUGUCCGCAAUGUGAAUUUAAUUCCAGCUGGCCAGGUCCAUUAAAACAUCAUAUAAAGUCAAAGCAUACUGAUGAACAGUCUUACCAGUGCCCUUUUUGUGAAGUUAGAGUCAGCCAACCUGGCAAUUUAAAACGUCAUAUUAAAUCAAAACAUAAUGAACAGAUGACUAAUGAUUAAUUAAUGAAAGACUGAUAAGAUAUAGUAUUCUGAAUAUUCAAUGUCAAGGUUGUUGAUAUAUAAAAUUGAUGCUCUUUCACAAAGUUCAUCUUACAGUAUAGC